AUGCGCAAGGAGGGCCCCAAUAGGUGCCUCAACUGCCUGGGAUUUCGCUGUCUCCGACGGGCUGGUGUCUGUGCCAUGCACGGAUUUGUCAUAGGAACCUGUCUGUGUUUGUCUGCAGUUUGCAUUUUGGUUCCAAUGUGCAUUGCAGCCAUCUCCUAUAGAUCUUGGGUUGCUCAGGUGUUUGUUUACACAUUGAUGGGGUACAUAUCUGUGGUCUACCUUUCCAGUUACUGCCUAGCAAUCUUCACUCCUCCGGGAUUUACAAUACCAGACGAGGCAUUUACGUCUUGCGGAAAAUGCCACAAUGCUCGUCCCAUGCGGACUCAUCACUGCAGCAUCUGCGGUAGAUGUGUGCUAAAGUAUGAUCACCAUUGCCCCUGGAUUGGAAACUGUGUUGGGCUUCGUAAUCAUGGCUACUUCCUCCGCUUCUUACUCUUUGGUGUCCUCGGCUCACUGACAAGCUGCCUUAUAAACAUCAUAAGCUUCAUCACGAACUCCUUUCUUCCAGAGACUGAUAAAAGGAUACGCAUAGGGAUAUUUGUUCUUGGCACAGGAAUUGAUUGCUUGAACAUUUUAGCAUGCAUGGUCAUUAUUGUUUCUCAGCUUCCUGCAAUCUUGCAUAAUGAGAUUGGGGCUGAAGAGUGUGAUUAUCACUGGGUGAAGGAGAGGUGCAAGCGCCUUGGGAUCCCCUUUCCGUACCCUUACUCUAGCGGCCUCCGUACUAAUCUCUCCGAGCUUUUUGGGGAGCGUAUGAUAGCAGCUCUCCUUCUGCCCGCUCGAAUACGGCCCACACGAAGUGGCUACGACUAUGAGAUGUCUCCAAAAUACGUUCGACUAAUUGAGGCAUACAAUGCAGUCGCUUCCGGGACAGCAGAUGAAAGCGUCAUAUUUAGCGCCCUGAAAAAUAGAGCCAUAGAUUUAUCGGGUGAAGAGAUGAAUUGA